AUGGUUAAAGGAAAUGAUGUGUUCCAUAUAACAAGCGUAGCUACUAACGAAAUUCUACAAGCACCUGUGGCACCUGGAGAACCAUUAACAUUAGGAGGAACUGCGGGUAUAUGGACAAUUGACCCUCCACCUGACCCUUAUAGGGUUGUUAUUUCUACAAUUCAUGAUGAACAAGCAAAUCUUUACGCGGGUGUGGAUCAAGCAGUUCCAGGCGAGAAAAUAAUUGCUGUUGCUGAUCCUUAUCAAUUCAAUAUAGCUCCAACACCAGCAGGGUCUUAUGUUAUCUUCCCAAUAGGCCCAGACUUAUUUUGGGCUUCUAACUCCACUAUUAACCCUGAUAUCGAGCUCAUCUCUGGAUAUGAAAUCAGAGGUAAUGAAGCAUUCUUUAAUAUAACACUUGUUUACUAUUAA